CCAAUUAGCCAAAACCUCAGUUUGUACCCAGAAAAGCUGCAGCAUAUUUCCGCCGCCAAAGCUUUCACGAUUUGGACAUCUCAUUUAAUGAAAGCUAAGUACUUGUUUGGAUUUACUUAUAUCACGUUCAAAUUUUGUCUUGUAUUUAUAGCUAUAUGAUACUCGUUUUGCCUAGUUCUUGAGCUCCAUGGCUUCUCCGUUCGACCCUAAAACACUGAAUCCCUUUGCCAAGGAAUGGAAACCCUCAAAAUCCCGGAAACGUACGCUAUUUCAUCAUUCCCAACAAUCAUCGUGUCCACUGUCACUCCUUCCGCCUCCGCAAGAGGCGGCGCAGCCGGUGCUAACCUACUCUGGGCAGCUUCCUUUUUAUCACCUACCAUUACCAGCUGCGAUGUCGAGCUACCAGUGCGUCAUUGUGUACGAUGCAAACUCCCAGCCUCAGCCUUUUCAUCAACCCUCUCGUUUCAUCCCAUUUCUGCCGGAUGUGCAUUUCUACGGCGAAAACGGCGGUUCCUUUGUUGAAAUGAAAAAGGACGAAAAUGAUUUCAAGAAUGUUGGAAGUCCAAGGGUUGUGAGAAGUUCAAACAGUAAUUGUACUACUGGAGUAAAAAGGAGGACAAAAACGUUUCGGCCGGUGAAGAUUGACAGCAGUAGACUAGAGUGGAGGCCCAAGGAGCCGGUAUCUUCACCCACUUCUCCUCUGGAUUUCUUUCCCUCUGAGAAAACUACUAUCAUGAUUAAGAACAUUCCAAAUCAGAUGAGGAGAGAUGAUUUAAUGGAUUUUCUUGACUGGUGCUGCCGAGACUACUCUUUGGAGUAUGAUUUCUUGUACUUGCCAAUGGACUUUAGGACAAAGAAUAAUUUGGGAUAUGCUUUCGUUAACUUCACUACUCCAGCAGCUGCUCUAAGGAUCAAGAAAAUCCUUCAAAACUACAACUGGGGUGUGGUUGGGACCAGAGAAUCAUCCAAGAAAAUCUGUGAACUUACUUGGGCUCGGAUCCAGGGGAGGGAGAAUUUGAUUAGAAGAUUUGAGACCUCCAUUUUCGCUUGCGAUCGAUUGGAGUUCCUACCGGUGAUUCUGAGCCCACCUCGAAAUGGGUCCAGUUCUAUGAGCCAUCCAGUGGUUCUUGGAAGAUGCAUCGCAGCAAAAUGAACGUCUGGCUUGGCUUGUAUCUUGUGUUAAGUUAGGUUACGUAAUUAUGAUUAGGGCUUUAGAUUAUCUCUGAGUUGGAACUUUACACUGUAAGGUGCGUAGCCUACUUGUGUUUUCAUAUUCUUCCUAGGGUUAGGGUUAGAACUUGAAGUGGUGUUUAGAAAUCUGGGACGAUAUGAAAACAUAGGUUUUGCUAA